UUACGCCCGCCAGAGGGUUUGGUCCUGCAGAGCCAACGCUACAAAAGCCCCACAGGUCCCCCCAGCAGCAGGACCUGCCGGAGCCCACAGGGCAGCAGAGGAGGAAGCGGCCGGACAUCUGCACCGUCCUCCGCCUCGGAACGGAGAAACCGGCCGAGAACAUGCUGUCUGUCAAAAUCCUGUCUCUGCUCCUCGCUUCUCUGGGCUUCGUUCUGAUGGAAGACAACGUCUCGGGUGCUCCCAGUGCCAGACCAGUGCACAGACGCUACUCGGAGGCCACCCUGGCCAGCGACUACAGCCGCACCAUGGACACCAUGCUGAAGAAGAACUUCGUGGAGUGGUUGCUGGCCAGGCGGGAGAAGAAAAGCGACAACAUCAUCGAGCCCUACAAGAGAGAAGCGGAGUCGCAAGUGGCGGCGGCGAAUGGGCAGAGGUGGGACCUGGGCACCCAGGAGCACAAAGAUCUGUUCCCCUGGCUGCUGAGGGCCCGGGAGAACCCCAGUUUUACUUCUCUGGAGGGCUUGGAAGGUCUGAAGGACGUUUUGACCCCCGAGAUUCUGACGUGGCUGAUGUCGACUGGUCUCUGCAGAGACACGAGCCAGAUGUAGAGCGCUCAGUGCAGCACCGCGAGGACUGAUGGCUUGGUCCCCUCUGCUCUGGCAGGACCGUGUGACCCCCGGAGCUCCUGGCACCUCAGACGCCGCGGGGGACGGUUGACAUUCCCUGCUCGGCGCGCAGCGUCUGGUUUGCCGUAUAAAUAAAGAGUUUAGUCUGAAGCUGAAA